AUGUCUAAACCAGAAGAAAAACCCAACCCCUCCACUUCCACGUCAGCGGCCUACGCCGCCCAGAUCUGCCACCACCUGGCCACCGUCUUUACUGCUCCCACCACCACGCCACCGCCUCUCUCUGUCCUCGUCGACGAGAUAUCCGCCGCCUCCCGACGCGGCGGCAAGAUCUUCGUCUACGGCGUUGGCCGCGAGGGCCUGAUGCUGAAGGCCCUCUGUAUGCGCCUCUUCCACCUGGGCCUCCCGGCCCACUGCGUGUUCGACAUGACCACGCCCCCAAUCACCUCGCCCGAUCUCCUCAUCGCCUCCGCCGGGCCGGGAGGUUUCGCCACCGUCGACGCAAUCUGCAGCUUGGCCAGGGGCGGCGGCGCCCGGGUGCUGCUGCUGACUUCCCAACCGGAGUCGGGGUCAUCGGUUAAGCACGCGACGGCGGUGGCCCAUAUCCCGGCGCAGACGAUGGCAGACGAUAGGGUUGGGCCCGAAGGAAGCGGGUCGGGCCGGGCUCUGCUGCCUAUGGGGAGUGUGUACGAGGGGGCGAUGUUCGUGCUGUUUGAGAUGGUGGUUUAUGAGCUGGGCGAGGUUCUGGGUCGGAGCCCCGAGGAGAUACGGGCUCGCCAUACAAAUUUGGAGUAA